UUUGACAUUUCAGUUCGAGCUUCACAAAAAAAAAAAUUGGUUUUUGGUUGUCGAAGAAAGAAGCUACUGCUGCUGGAGGUUACGAAGAAUACGAAAGUAAAAACUUAAAAAAAUGGCAGCUACAAGAAGGCUUAAAAAAGAACUUACUGAUCUCCAAGCUUCUGGACUAAGAUCAUUCAGAGAAGUCCUUAUAGAGGAUCAAAAUCUAUUGCGUUGGACCGGACUGAUUGUGCCCGAAAACCCACCAUACAAUAAGGGAGCAUUUCGAAUUGAAAUCAAUUUUCCAGCUGAAUACCCGUUCAAGCCACCGAAAAUUAAUUUCAAAACAAAAAUUUAUCAUCCCAAUAUCGAUGAGAAGGGUCAAGUGUGUCUGCCAAUAAUUAGCACGGAAAACUGGAAGCCUGCAACAAGAACAGAUCAAGUAAUCCAAGCGUUAGUAGCACUUGUGAACGAUCCCGAGCCAGAGCAUCCUCUGCGAGCUGACGUUGCCGAAGAGUAUCUCAAGGACCGUAAGAAGUUCAUCAAAAACGCCGAAGAGUAUACAAGAAAAAAUAGUGAGAAAAGACCAACGGAUUAAUAUUUGUCGCUAUGUUUCCUCUGCAAAUAUUUAAAUUAUAUAUUUUUUUUGUUUAAUUUAUCUUUUCGUGAUUUAUAUUCAUUCUUAAUUAAAAUCAAAAUGUCCAACAAAUUAUUUUAUAUAAAACCUCAAUAUCUUGCUUUAUAUAUGAUGGAAAUGCAUUAAAAUAAAACGAAAUCUAAUAGUUUUGUGGGAUGAGAAAAAAGAAACUAUUUUUAAGUGAAAUUCGGAAUAGUCGACUUAUCGAAACAGCAAUGGGAAUAAAUUAAAAACAAAAACACUGCUCAUAGUAAACUCUUAAAUAAAUAAAAUAAAUUAGCAGAUACAAAUAUAAAAAAAAGAAUAUAAAUGUUACAUAGAUGUCUAUGUACAAAAUAAAAUUUAAAAAAAAUAAAUACAAAAAUUAUUGCGAACUAUUGAAGAAGAAAAACAAUAUAUCAAAAAUUAAAAAAUAAACUGUGUGAAAUUCAUAAAAUUA